AUGGCAGGCAUAAAACUGUUCCUAAAUGGAGGAAAACAACUGUUCAUACUUGAGAUUUAUCGGCCUCCAAGAGGCUCCCUCGAAGAGUCGCUUAUAAUCAUUUCUAGAGUCCUGGAAACUUUUCCAACAAACAACAACCCGAUAUGUAUAGUUGGUGAUCUCAAUGUGGACAGCCUAAACAAAAAGAAAGAAAAUGAAAACAAUGCUCUUAGGGACCUUCUGGCCACCUAUAUUAUUCAUAGAGUGAAUCUCCCGCCUACAAGAAUUACUAAUGUCUCAAGAUCCUCCAUAGACGUGGUGUGCAGUAAUCUUAGCCCUGCGAUGCUAAAAGUGAAAGUAGUGCAUGAACACAUUGCCGACCAUGCUGGACAGCUCUGCGCCCUAAGCAUCCCCGCAAAAGCGAAAAUCCAACCUACUGCCACUUAUAUUCAAUUAAAUAAUCAAAACCUAUCACGGCUCAGAAAUCUUUUAGCGGAGGAAGACUGGAACAACAUUUUUCAGACAAUGGAUGUGGAGAAGGCUUAUUCAGCACUUAUGGUGACGACCACAUCGGCACUUGACGCUACAUGCCCAUAUAAAACAUCAAGGUCCAAAAAAACUGGCGUAAAGCUAUUUCUAUACACCCCAGAAGUUCUUAGGCUAAGAACCGAGUUCAUCGAAGCUCAAGAAAGAAGUAACUCAACUGGAAGAGCGGACGACAGGCUUGAAGCGGCACAGAAGAAAAAAACUUAUGACCUCAAGUUGAAAACCAUCAGACGGGAGGCUAGUGAGGAGCUAAUCUCGCGGUCCUCCAACAAAAGCAAAGCGGUGUGGAGCGUCGUUAACGCUGAAAGAAGAGCUUGCGAGGAUGUAAAUAAUACAACGUGGCAACUUAGGAUCUCAAACGACAUCGUAACAGAUCCCGUUGAGGUUGCUAAUAGCUUCAAUGAAUACUUCACUACCAUUGCUGGAGAUAUUUUGCGGGCAGGUAAUGUACAAAAAAGCACUCAGGUCGCUGGUUGUAAUCACCAUCUGGUAAAUGAAUUGACCGCUUUUUCAUUGGAAACCACUGAUGAGGUGCGAGGUAUUAUAAGGGCACUAAAACAAAAAACCUCAACAGGUGUCGAUGACGUCCUCUUCCAGACUUCUGAAAGUACUGUGAAGAGGAAACUCUGCCUGCCUCUAACUAGUGUUGUGAAUAAGUCACUGGAGCAGGCAACUUUUCCCUCCCUGAUGAAGGUAGCAAAGGUUUAUCCUCUCCACAAGAAAGGCAAGAGAGACGGCAUUAGCAACUUUAGGCCGAUAUCUUUGGUCCCAACUUUCUCCAAAAGACUGGAAAAGGUAGUUUUGACCCGUAUUGUGAGACAUCUCAACUCCAACAACAUCAUUCCAGAGGCACAGCAUGGUUUCAUGCCGGGCAGGUCAACCAUAACUGCAGUAGCGUCAAUUGUGGAACACAUAUUGGACAACUUGGAGGCUGGGAGAACAGUCGGUGGAGCCUUCUUAGACCUUAGCAAGGCCUUCGACUGUUUGGAUCACGGGCUGAUUCUGGCCAAGCUUGGUGCCGUUGGUGUUGUGGGCGCAGCACAGGAGUGGUUUAGGACCUACCUCUUUGGAAGAAGGCAGCUGGUUGAGAUCAGGCAAAACCAUCAAAGGUAG